UUGGCUUUCCACUCCACACACACCCUCACGUUCACCAUUUUAAUUAAAUUACUACUACUACUUCUACUCCUACUUAAUUAACACUAAAUAUUUAUAUAUAGUGUAUGCCCUCUAUUAAUCCCAUCUCUCUCAUUCCACACUUUCACUUUCACUUUCCACUCACUCCAAUCCAACUCCAAACUCACAGCUAGCUAGCGAUGAAGAACUCCCAAAUCAUGGAAGAAUUAUCCCCCUCCAACGAUCACAUCAUCGCCAAAGGGAAGCGCACGAAGCGGCCACGCCCCUCCUCCUCCUCCUCCUCCUCCGAUGUCACUUCCAAUUUUUCCCCCACCACCUCCACCGGAAUAUCAACAAGCACCGAAGAAGACGAGGAUCUCGCCAACUGCUUGAUCCUCCUCGCCCGCGGAAACAGGAAACACGGCGACAACGUCUACCAGUGCAAGACUUGCACCCGCACUUUCCCCUCCUUCCAAGCAUUGGGUGGCCACCGCGCCAGCCACAAGAAGCCUAAACCCUCCGCACAAUUCUAUCCGCCUCCGGAAAGGGCGGAAUCUGAAGAAGAAGAAGAAGAAUCGAAAUUCGUUAAAAUCAACACGAUUACUCUUUCACCAUCAAGGCCUAAAAUCCACGAGUGCUCAAUCUGCGGAUCCGAAUUCUCGUCAGGUCAGGCGUUGGGAGGCCACAUGAGACGACACCGUUCCAAUUCGAGCCAUCGUGAUCAUCAGAAGGCGAGAAAUAUGCUGUCGUUGGAUCUGAACCUGCCUGCGCCGCUCGAGGAGGCGGAGUUCCACGCCUUCUCGUCCGGCCAGAAGCCGCGGCUGGUGUUCGCCGCCGCCGCGCCGCUGGUGGAUUGCCACUACUGAGGGGGUUGUGAAUAAUUAUUUCUAUUUUUUAUUUUCUAUUUUUAGUACAAUUCUAUGGUUUUGGUUAAUGAAUGUCAUGGAAUCAUAAUUAAUUAAAAUGGCAUUACUCACACUUGCGUUGUUGAUCGUCAA